GGGAGGAGCAUGGUCAUGUCAACCAACCAAUCAGCACAAAGAGUUCUCUAUAUAUGGCUGCCCCCCUCCACCACAUCCUCUUACUCUCUUCUGGUAUAUCUUUCCCAGUUAAGGAGGGAGGAGUACUUUAAUUAUCUAAGCUCGGACACCACAACAAAUAUGCUUUUUCAUGUACAUUUUUUAUAAAAUAUUAGUGCAAAUACAUUCUUGUGUAAUUUUCUAUAUACUUUUUAACAGUAAUAUAUAAUGUAUUUUUGGUGUUUGUGCACAUAAAGCUUAUGUUUGCAUGACACAUUCAUGUCUGUAAAACUCAUUAUUAUGCACACACCCACAGAUACACAGACACGCAUGCCGUUAUCUGAUAAUACCUUUUGGUUUGUUGUCUGAGGUUCAAGUGCAUCAAGAAAACCAAUAAGGAAGUGAUGUCUCCUACACGCUUCCUCUCAUCUGGGGUAGUUUUUAGAAAUCUGCAGUAGUUCCUCUAUUUGUGACUGUCGAUAUUUUAACGUUUUUCACAUCCAACACACAGGAACCUGAAUCAUCUGCUCUUAUGGUGACUUUUAUGAAAUCUUCAUCAGCUGCCUCAAGAUGAACAUAACCACAGUGAAUUGGAUGACCACACCUAGCCAAAAUGAUUCAGAAGAUUGCUAUCCAAGUAUACAGUUUGAGAAUAACUUCUUCCUGGGCCUUCACCUGGUCGUGAUUCUGCUCGGCAUUCCAGCCAACGCCUUCUUCUUGUUUGUGUCGUGCCAGCACAUCCGUCAGAAGAACGAGUUGGGCGUCUAUCUGUUUAACCUGGCUCUCUCUGACCUCUUGUACAUCAUGUGUUUGCCAGUAUGGAUUGAGUUCAUGCUCAAUGACGAAUGGCCCUACAGCAAGAUCGCGUGCGCCGUCUGCGUCUUCUUGCUCUACACAAACUUCUACACGAGCACAGUGCUGCUCAGCUGCAUCGCCGUGGAUCGCUACUUAGCCGUGGUUCAUCCUCUCAAGUUUUCAGCCUUUAGAAAGCGAAGAACGGCCGUCAUCGUCAGCAUCGCAGCUUGGAUAUUUACAGUCAUUUUUAACGCGAUUACUGUCGAUUCAGACGAAAUUUAUGAUGCAAAGAAUUUUAUCUGCCUGGACGUAUUUCCUUUGCAAGAUAGACAAAGACGGGGGAAUUAUGCUCGCUUCAUUGUCGGCUUCUUCGUUCCCGCCGUGAUCGUGGGAUUUUGUUAUUGGCGAAUCUAUCUUGCCGUGAAGAAGAGCCAAUCGAUUGAGGUGGCGGAACGUCGGCACGUCUUUAAGCUUUUGGGAAGCAUUCUGUUAACUCUCUACCUUUGUUUCGGGCCUUUUCACAUCAUGUUGGUUUUGAGAAGUCUACUGGAAGUAUGUUCCUCUCCCAGCUGGCUCUAUAUUGGCUUUAAGAUUACCAUAGCCUUGUCUACACUAAACUGCCUGGCUGACCCGCUGCUUUACUGCUUCAGCAGCCGAAUGGGUCAGGCGAGCGCUUUAAAUGCUUUAAUCGUUCUCAGGAGAACACGGAAGACGGAAAAACAGAAAGGAAUUGUUAAUUCAAAUGGUUUAAUGGGUGAAACUAUUUUGUAGACUGUUUAUGUUGUAAAUAAAGGUGCCAGCACAUACAUUGAAAUAAUCUGUUAAAUAGUUCUCUGAUAUCUACAGACAUUAUCCAGAGAUGUCCAUUUACAACCCUAGUAUUUGCCUGAUGUUAGCAUAUUGCAUUAACUAGCAUAUAGCGCUAACUUAGCAGUCACAACUUUAUUUAUAGCAUUGUAACAACAGUGUACUUAAUUUAAUGUUAGGGGCGUACAUCUCGACGGUAACGUCACAGUUUGUGUUAUGUUGAUAUUGGUCUGUUUUCCAGCGGUCUUUUGCAUGCACAAGGUUUAUAUAAGAAGGAGGAAACAAUCGUGUUUGAGGCUCACGAUAUGUCAUAACCAUGUACACAACUCUUAUUGUUCAUCUACAUAAAUACAGUUUUAUUCUACGGCAUCUUUAAGUGAAUGAGGACCGCACAAUGAAAGUCAGUUCAUACACCUUGCACUAUAUUAUAAAGCCAUGAGAUCAAUGUUCAUAUAAUUCCACUUGGUGGCACUAGUGACAUAAAAAUGACUUCUGCUUGAAGAUAAUUGUCCCUGUUACAAGUGUUACAUUUCAUUGUAAGUCAUGUGUGGAUUUCUAUUUUUAUGUCAGCCAAAUAAUGUUACCAUAAGUUGCUUCAGUCAUAAGCUAAUGUUUCUUUUCAAACUCUUGAUGGCAGUUUCGCUAAAAUUGUUUUAAAGUGGCUUUCUCAAAAUUGCAUCUUUAACUAUUUUAAAUUUGCACUAAACUUUGUGUUGAACGCUUAUAUAAAUCUAGGCACCAAAUAUUUCUCACCAGAUUUGAAAUGUAAUGCUUCAUUUUUAAACUUGCUGUCAUCCAUUUACAGAA